GGGCUCAGACUCCGAGCAGGACGGCGGGCGGCACUAGAGGGAGCUGCGGCCGCGCCCGCCCAGCCGCGCCGGCCCGGCCCGGAGCGCCGCCUCCCCAGCCAGCGCCGCCGCUAUGGCGGAGGACAGCGAGUCUGCGGCCAGCCAGCAGAGCCUGGAACUGGACGACCAGGACACGUGCGGGAUAGACGGGGACAAUGAGGAGGAGACGGAGCACGCCAAAGGAAGUCCUGGAGGGUAUUUGGGAGCCAAAAAGAAAAAGAAGAAGCAGAAGAGAAAAAAGGAGAAACCAAAUUCUGGAGGCACCAAGUCAGACUCGGCGUCUGAUUCCCAGGAGAUUAAAAUUCAGCAGCCUUCGAAAAAUCCCAGUGUCCCAAUGCAGAAGUUGCAGGAUAUCCAGAGAGCAAUGGAGCUGCUAUCCGCAUGCCAGGGCCCAGCCAGGAACAUUGACGAGGCUGCAAAGCACAGAUACCAGUUUUGGGACACACAACCGGUACCUAAACUAGAUGAAGUCAUAACAUCUCACGGUGCAAUUGAACCAGAUAAAGACAACGUUCGCCAAGAACCCUAUUCUUUGCCACAGGGUUUUAUGUGGGACACUUUAGACUUGAGUAAUGCCGAAGUGCUCAAGGAGUUAUACACGUUGUUAAAUGAGAAUUACGUGGAAGAUGAUGACGAUAUGUUUCGCUUUGACUAUUCACCCGAGUUCCUAUUGUGGGCUCUGCGUCCACCAGGCUGGCUCCUGCAGUGGCACUGUGGGGUCAGAGUGUCUUCAAAUAAAAAACUGGUCGGGUUCAUAAGUGCCAUUCCAGCAAACAUUCGGAUUUAUGACAGUGUGAAGAAGAUGGUAGAAAUCAACUUUCUUUGUGUUCAUAAGAAACUGAGGUCAAAACGGGUAGCCCCAGUGCUAAUCCGAGAGAUCACCAGAAGAGUGAACCUGGAAGGGAUCUUCCAGGCAGUAUACACCGCGGGAGUGGUUCUUCCCAAGCCAGUGGCCACGUGCAGGUACCUGAACUGCAUCUCUACCUCAGUUUUAGUAGAGACAGGGUUUCACCAUGUUGACCAGGAUGUACAGAUAUGACGAACUUGGAAGCUAAGCAGAUCACCUGAGGUUACAAAGACUUCAGGUUUGAGACCGAUGGAACCAAAAGAUAUCAAAUCAGUUCGAGAAUUAACCAACACUUACCUGAAGCAGUUUCACCUGGCUCCAGUGAUGGAUGAAGAGGAAGUAGCCCACUGGUUCCUCCCCCGCGAGCACAUUAUUGACACGUUUGUAGUGGAGAGCCCCAGUGGUAAACUGACUGACUUCCUGAGCUUCUACACGCUCCCCUCGACGGUCAUGCAUCACCCUGCUCACAAGAGCCUCAAGGCCGCCUACUCAUUCUACAACAUCCACACAGAGACACCCCUGCUGGACCUCAUGAGCGAUGCGCUUAUCCUGGCUAAGUCGAAAGGAUUUGAUGUAUUCAAUGCACUGGAUUUGAUGGAAAAUAAGACAUUCUUGGAAAAACUCAAGUUUGGUAUAGGAGAUGGCAAUUUGCAGUAUUACCUGUACAACUGGAGAUGUCCAGGUACAGAUUCUGAAAAGGUUGGACUAGUACUACAAUAGAUGGAUAUUUUUAUUUCUAGAACUCUGAUAUCAUCGUUUGUUAAUAUUUAAUGAUGCCUGGAACUGUCAUUCCAAAGAAGAAUAAAAGCACAACUCAAGUGAAAUUGAAGUAGUCGCUAAGCAGAAAAGAGGACAAAUGUCCACCUGACACUUGUCCACACUUCUAGCUAGAAUGUUAAACUUCAUCCUUUUUUCACUAUUGACCCAUUUGUGGGAGGGAUGAAAGGCUACAAAGAACACAUUCUUGUAAUUUUCAAACUUUUGGCUGUCUCUUGAAGAGAGGUAUUUUUCCACUCUCUAGAAAAGGGACUGUUUUUCUAUGAACUAAAUAGAAGUUACAGAAUCAUGUAAGAAAAUCUUUGCUAUUGUUUGGAGACAAACUGCUGCAUUUCUGUUUCUUAAGUGAUGAUAUAUUUGUCCAUGUAACAGAACAAAAGACCCAUCUGGAAAUUUUUUUACUGGUAUUACCUUACAUGGUUUCACCGGGAACAUUUAUGGAAUCAACACUUCCGUAGCUCAGCGACAAGUGUUGGGUAUUUAAGUGUGGAGCAAUAUUAAAAUAUCCUGGUGACUAGUACAUGUAUUUCUCCAUAAGCGAAGUUGCCAGAUCAAUAAACACACAGGUUUGGACUUUGAUCUUCACCAGGUCAGUGGAUUGCUUCAAAAGCAAAGUUUUGUGCAAGCGCUCACUAAGUAUGCUCUCUGAAAGAGCCUGCGCCCGCAACUAAUGAGACUUGUCUGCUCUUCUGCAAAGAUCAGUUUCUUCUCUGCAACAUCAAGGAUAUAUGAGGAAAAGGAAAUAAAAGCUGUAAAGUCAAAAGAGAUGCCUGGUGGAACUUAUUUGUGCUAUCAGGACAUGGAUCGUUUGAAUGUUUUUAUUACUUAUGCAAGAUUGCACAUAUUCCUCUACGCUGACUUUCUCAUGAAAACUGUCAUGAGUCACGCUCAUGGAAAAUGUCUUAUUUGUAAAUAAGUGUUCAUAAUUUUGUUAUGGUGUUUUUAUCUAGAAUUUGAAAAACAAAUUGUCAUGGUGUA